CACCAACAGAAUGCGGUUCGGAAGUGGAGACAGCUUGUUGAGCGCAGGCGGUGGAGCUGGAACUGGUGGUGCAGGAGGUGUUGUUCUCGGAGGUGGGCAAAAUCUAACUGUGGAGCAGCAAUUCGAGUACCUGCAGGUGAGACACAAUAAUACAGGAGCAGCGGCGGGAGGUGGUGGUGGCGGGGCAGCAGCUACGAACAAUUUUGGCCAGAAUUUCAACAUCGGGGGCAGCAUGGCAAAUACAACCACUUCCGGCGCGCACCACCACCAGCACCAGUCGUCGAUGAAUAAAGUGAAUCCGCUGUUUGUCACCGGUUGGUACCAAUGCGUUGUGGAAAACGUCACCGAGAACUUGCUCUACGUGAAGUGGUGCAAUCUGGAGUUCCGGAGAAUCGUGUCGGGCGAGCUGCUGCUCGAGAAAUUGAAGUGGCAGGUGGUCCCCCGCGACCGAUUUUUCGAGGAGAGCAUGAUUAGCGUGGAGCAAAAAGUCGAUGCCAGUGCUGCGGGAGGAGCCGGGGAUGACCUCCAAGAAGAUGACUUUGACGAUAUCGUCGAUGUGGAACUGGUGCCGAAAAUCGCCGACGACGUGAUCGAACUCUCUUCGGACUCGGAAGAUGGUGCAGAUCGUGUAAUAGUUGUGGAAAGCAGCGGCGAGGACGAUGAGAAAAACGGUCGUCGCGGUGGUGCCAGAGGUGGAGCCACAACUUCUGCCGCGAAAAAGGUGAAUAAAAUGGGAAAGAACAAGAAAAACGACAGCGCGCUCGAUAAAGUUGUAAGUUCAUCCGCCGCGGCUAAACUACAAGAUGCUUCGACGAAAAAGAAGAAGCAUGAGCAGAAGCGGCGAAAGGUGUUGAACAGUCCACCGGGAGGUGGUGGAACAGUGAGUUGUCAAGGAGAAUUGGGACAGAACAAUAAAAGCAGUGCGAAGAAGAGGAAGAACAAAGACAAACUGAAUGUAGAUGAAACCGGUGAUGUCGAAAUGGUGGACGCUGAGGAACAAGAGGACAACGUCGCCGGAACUACAAGCAACAAACUGGAUAAUUUUUCGCUGGAGCAGAAGAUGAUGAACUUGAACACAUCUUCUUCGUCUGCAGCGAAAACAAUAAACAAUGCUUUUCAUCUACAUCGCUCGAAGCUAUUUUCCCGACUGCCGAGUAAGUGCUAUGUCGUGAAGGAAGUGGAGGGCUCCGUGGAGCAAACGGUGGAAGACCGUCGGGGGGAUGAAAAAGAGAGCAAGCAAUUUCUAUUUCAACAAGCCGGCGCAAAUGCAAAAGAUGAUAUGAAAGCGAGCACCUCAAAUACAACUACUGCCAACCCCGAUCCCCACGACUAUUACGACGAAGAGGAAACCGAGCAGGCGGAAGAGCUGCUGUAUCAGCUCCAGGUCGCACUAAUGUUGUUGGACAAGAAAACGGAGAAAAAAAUGCGGAAACAACAGAAGGAGUAUUUAGAAGAACGGUUUGGCGACGGGGUCUGGCGGGGGGAAAGAGUUGGUCUCUCCGGGAAUGAUCGUCGUGCUUCGGCCGAUAAUGAAGAAGGUCAUGACGAUGCAAAGAGCCCGGCAGCUGCACAGGACAAAAAUGCUGGAACAGCAGUCAAGAAAAAAAAGUUGAAAGAGGAGCAGACCAGUAAAUCCGGGAAAAAACAGAAUAAAGAAAAAGAUGCCCCUGCAGACACCAAAACAGGAAGCAAAAACAAAAUGAACAAAAUGGGAGCUGCAGCAGCAGCAGCAGGGCCUGCAGCAGGAAAAAAGAACUCAACAAAAGACAAGGUGGACUCAAAAAACAAGUCCUCCACCACCGCCCGGAAAAAGUCGGUAGAGCUGCCCCAGUCGCCCCCACUCCAGCCGACUUCCGACGAAUACAUUGAUUCCAGAUUUGCGCACCAGCCCAUGCCGUACGAGGCAGGGGAGAUGGAGCGGAUUUUUCGAAACGCUGUUUUACUUUCCGCGACGAGUUCAUCGUCCGGAGCGACCACUGCUUCAGCUUCUACUUCAAAGAACAAGGUAGCAAGCGCAGUAGCUGGUGCAUCUUCCACCUCCAGUACAACAACUACACUGGCAGAGUCCACUUCCCAGCCGCUCCGAUACUUUCCAAAAGUUUCCUACCGUGAUAGCACGAGUUCGAGUGCAGCUAGUACUUCUACGUCGUCGUCGUCGUCGUCAUCAAAAAACUUCCGCCUUCCAAAACCCUAUCCCUACCGCCCCGUGGUGUAUGAUUUUGAUGACACAAGAACUACGGAAGAUGUUGGGCAUCAGACCGGUACGAACGACAAGCAGCAGUUUUCGCCAAAUCUGAAAUCGCAGCAGCUAUACGCGUAUCCAAUGCGAAAGUAUCGUACUCGUAGUGAUCGCAGUCAUGCAUUACAAACCUCCAUCUCAAGGCAAAUCAGCAUGACAGACUCCAUUUCUCUUCAUACUGAGCUAAUUUGUCACGCGACCCACACUAGUACGAUACUUUUGCAAUGUAUAACGCACACCGAUUUUGGCGGGAAGUGUCCCGCUUCAAACUGGAUGAGAUGCUCAAUCCCUGCCCGAACUACCACACCGAUCCCGACCAGGACAAAUUUGCCUACCCGAAGAAGAUCGAGCACCUGCACAAGAACCUGCUCACCACCUACUUUGAGCAGCAAACCAUUCUCCGUGCCUUCCUGCACCAAAACCGCGCGAACCACGCGUUUUGGCGUUUGCUAAGACUGAACAUCGUCCCGGAUUAUGCACGGGGGAAAGUUGUGGAAGUGGGGGAAGAUUUCUUGUCUAGGGCAGGAGUAGAUGUACAACCGUCGUCAAGUUCUACUGGAACUACUAGUACCGCGACGAUGAUUGAAAAUCCAGCCGUCCUCGAGGAUGAUUUCUCCACUGCUUUUUCGAUGAAAUUGCACAGAUUUCUGAUCCCAGAACGCGCUCUGUUCGACUCGACCGGCGUUGCGGUCAAUGAAGCGAAUGUGGACGAGAAAUUGCUGAAGGAUUUUGAGGAAAUCGACAAGGAAAACUUUGAGAAGCGGAAGAUUCUCACGUGCUUUGACGAUGUGGUGGUGGUGGGCGAUAGAAGUAGUGGUCCUGAAGAACAGGAUCAAGCAGGAUUCGAACCUGGUGGAAAAAGCGCUCGUGGUGGGGGAGCUUCAUCUUCUUCCAGUAGCUCCGCCGCGGCAGGGACAACUACGAAGAAAAAACGGGCUGCGGCGGGAUCAAAUACGGCGGGUCAGAAAUCACAGAACAACUACAUUGCGGGAAAUAGAACUGUGGUGAAAAUCGGCAGCAGCGAGAGGGACGAAUUCGAUUUGGAUUCGGUAAAGAAUCAUCUCGUCCCGGGUGCAGCGUCCUCAAAUACAAGUCUUCUUCUCAAGCCUGCGGCCUCUUCGUCAGCAAAUGUGUCGACAAACAAGAAGAAGGUUAUCGCGGUGAAGACCCACGGGUGGAAGCUGCACGAGAAAUUCGUGGAGAAGUUUCACGUAUCAAAUGCAAAAAUGUCUGGGUCUGGAAGGUUGGAGCUUGUGAUGCUAACUUUGGACUCUCAAAAAAUCUGUAUUGCAUGAUCAGCAAGGGGAGUCUAGUUUGUGCUACGCGGGGAGGGCAUUUGUCAUGCGGAAUAGGCAUCAGGAAGCCCUCUAAAAAUCUGCCAUGCUGGGUCAUGCAUUACAGACAUCCUGGGUCAUGCAAAAUAUGCAUGACAAACCCGGCAUCAACAUUCCAGACCCAGACACUUUUGCAUUUGAUACCACGUCCCGAAGAUUCUUGUAGACACCGUUGCGAAAAUCCUGGACCGCCACGACCCCGCGGAGGUGUGGUUUUACCCACAGGGGGUGUAUACCGCUCCUAGUACAACAUCAAGUUCCUCGUGUAGUAAGGCGAAAGCUCCUUCAGAUGCAACCAAAAAGAAGACCACCUACGGCGUUUUCUCGAUGUACUUCCGCGUUCCCAUGGAAUCCAUCGGCGACUUUCACGGCCAGCGGCUCAGCGCGUCCACGUUUUUCGAAAAUCUGGAGAAGAAGGUGAAGAGGUGUGGAAAUAAAUCAAAGUCAUCAGGAGCGGUUUCAUCGACUGCACUACAACAUCCGUACGCCCGAACCUUUGAGUCCACCGUUUCCUCCGCGGAGGGGCUGCAUGUGGUAUCAAACAGAAAAAGUGUAUUUUUAAGCGUUAACGAUUUAUUUGAGGGCUUCAGUAACGCAUGACAGAUUUUCUCUAAUGUGCAGCAGGGUCUACUUCUGCAGUUGUACAAGUACAAGUUUUGGUGCUUCGUAGUUGUCUACUCUUGCUUGAUGUGUUGAUGUUGUCUUCACUGCAUUAUGAAUAUGAUGCCCAAAUUUGUUACACUUCAAAACACAACUUUUUUUGCACGAUACGUGAUUGACCCCUGCUACGGAUUGGUUGAGGAGAACACCAGCUAUACAACUGGGACUGAGGAAAUUAUAGAGGAAAAGAACGCAAAGGACGGCGCAAAGAAGGGAACUACAAGAAGUAAAUCAUCAACACCGAACAUCAGCUCCUCCAGCAGACCCGACUUCUUCUUCGACCGUCGUUUCUGCCCCUUCGCGACAGUGCAGGCACCUCCGAUGAUAUUAAACUUAAACACUCAGACUGACACGGCUGACCACUCUUUCCAUCACUACGCUAACUGCGAGUUCCUACCCCGCCACGAUUUCGACACGGCCUUGCCCUGGCUGCGGUCGGUUUUACGCCUGUACGCCGUGUUGCCCAUUCUGCCGAUGGAGGAGUUGUUUGCAAGUCGGGACUUGGGAUUGGUGUUGGAACAGAGGAGCUACUUCGGAGCAGGUUCAUCUUCGUUGCACGACAAGAAGACGAACGACUCCGAAGACGAGAUAUUAAUCCAGCCAGGCGGGGGAGGCUCAACUACUCCUGGUCUCACGAAUUGGAAAAAGCGUCUGGCCAGCGAAUUUCUGUACACAACCCCGCUUUUCUUCCACGAUCUCCCGUUCAAGGACGAUUUCAAACAGGACCUCAUCGACACGAAACGGCGUGUAUUGCGUAUUCAGGAGCUGAACCUGCACGUCGAGAAACAGCGGCCGCUGGUGGUUUCGAAAUGGAAACGGGAGGUGGGACUCUGCGUGCCGAAACAGAAUUUCUACGGGAGUUUUGGAGGUGGACCGGGAGGGGUAGCUACUUCGAAGGUGAACAAAAUCAAAAUCACCAAAUCGAUUCUGGAAAAACUUUACAAUGGCCGACGUGAGCUGCCGACUUCUGCGAACCACGACGGGGAUGAAGAUCAAGAUGCUGACCACGACGACGACGCAGCAGGAACAGCAGGAGCAGGUGCAGCUGCAUCGGCGUCCAAAGUAGCUGGUAGCGCAGGAGCUCCAAAUUUCUUUUCCAAGUACAAGCUGUUCAAGCCAAAACUUUUCAAGAGGAGGAAAAAUCCGCUUCUCUUCGACCGCAACGGGGCGGAGCGCGUGCGGGCGUCCAAGGGACGGAAAACGCAGGCGGAUUUAGAUCAGCUGAAGAUGCUGACGGACUACGAUACGGAGGGGAAUCCGAAAGUAGAAAAAAAAAGUACAACAGCUUCGCUUUUGCUAGCAGAAGGAGCCGCGACCACCUCUGGCCGAAAGAUGAUGAAGUCAGCUAAGGGGAACACGAACAAGGACACUGUAUCUCCUGUCUCCGAGGACAACAAGAUCAAAACCAAGCCCGCCCUCUCCGAAUUCCCGAACCGCAUGAUUCCGAAGAAUAUCCACUGCAAAUAUGUCUGAGUCUGGAAGACUGCAACUUGUGAUGCUGGAUUUGGAUUCUGCAAUAAAUCUGUAUUGCAUGAUGAACAGCAAAAGAGGUCCAGUUUUUCCCCCGGAGAGAGGACAUUUCUCAUGCGGUAUAGGCAUCAGGAAGCCCUCCCAAAAUCUGUGACGCUAGGGCAUGCAUCACAGACAUCAGGAGUCAUGCAAAAUGCGCAUGGCAAGCGCAAACCUCGCAUCCUUCCAGACCCAGACAUAUUCGCAAUGCAUAAAGAAGAAGCAGUACUUUCUCGGCCCGAAUGUCUUGAUCAGCGAGAGCAAACGAAAUCUGUUGGGGGAGGACAUUGAGCGGAUUAUGGAGGGAGAUAAGGUGAUUCAGGAGCGGUUUGUGGCAGCUAGCAGGAGCAAUAAGAUGAGUCAGCGAGGUGGAGGACAAGUAGCAGGAACUACCAAUACCGCCGCCGCGACCUCCUCCUCUAACAAAACAGGUACUCUUAGCGGGGCUCCUGCCGCAGCAUCAUCUUCAUCUAGUACUGCACUUGUCUCGGUGAAGCCAGCCAAGGCUGCGAAGGCAAAAGCUGCAAGUGGACUGUCAUACACGAGAACUAGCGCAUAUGUCAGGGGUCCGUAUAAGAAGACCAGAGACAAGCUUGCGUCGGAGCAACAGAAUAGUACGAACGCAGCAGAUGACAGUGCGGCAGCAGGAACGGCGGCUGCAGUAAGCUCAGUUGUAACUGGAGCUCCUGCGGCGCAAGAAGGACAAGAACCUCUACAACAGGCUCCAACUUUCAACGCGUUUGCGAACGUGGUUAAUAGCAUGACUGUACAGCAUAUGCAAUACAAUUACAAAUUUCCCGUACAUGUACAAGAUGCAUCACAAAUUUCCCGCAUUUGGAGUGUGAAACUUGUUAUGCUAAACUAGGAUCGAAGCCAAGUUUUGCCAUGCAGAGACCGCAUUUGUACGUGUACAGGAAAUUUACUGUGGAUACAGCAGCAGCAGCCAGCACAGCCGCAGACAGGUGCAAUGUUUGCGCCGCAACAACUACCCCUGAUGCAGCCGAUGAUGAUGCAACCACAGCAACCAAUGAUGCAAAUGCCCAUGCAACCAGUGCAGCCAGGCACGACGCCAUCCGCAUCCGUCCCGAAUUUUCCGAUGAUGCACCAGCAACCACAACUACAACCGGCGUUCGCUGCCCAGCCCAUGCUGAUGCAGCCCCCCGGCGCCGCCCAACCGAUGAUGUUGGUACCACAGCAGAUUGCCACGAUCGAUCCCAUGACGGGGCAACAGACCAUCCAAACCAUCUACAUGCCGAUGCCCGCAGGAGCCGGUGUGGCGGGUCCGGCUGGUGCUGUUGGUGGUGUUCCUCCUGCAAUGUUCGCCGCGAACCCAGGAACUACAGGAGAAGGUGCAGCUGCAGCGGCCGGCGUAGCUCAGGGAGGUGGAAGUUCGGCUGCCGCGGGGGCUGGAACUACGACGGGGUCAUGAGGAACCAUGUUUAAUACAACUUUGAGGAAGCGGGAGCUCGUCGUCCGUAACAUUUUUGAUAUGGCCACGAGUAGUGGCUACGUCAGAACAAGGUGAAGGUCGGGAAUCAUGUCAUUGAUGUCUUAUUUCCACUACAUCAGAAGCGCAAGCGAACAAUCCUAGAUUUCUAUUUCAAAAACAUAAACAUCCGGCUUACUAGAAGUGGUGCAAAAAUGUGGUCGUUUUUAUUCAAGAUCAAGAAUGUUGGCAACGAAU